AUUCGGAAAGAAAACCAUUUGGACAAAACAAAAUCGGCUAAGAUGGACAUUUUCAAUCCAAAUGAUUUGGCUCACAGCUCUUCCGUGCCUCACAGAAGGGCACCCCAGUUUAUGCUCGACUUGUUCAAUGCAGUUGCGGACUCCAAUGGAAUCUCUAAGAACACGGAGAAACUAGAGGGCAAUGUGGUGCGGAGCUUCGAGGACAGAGGAAAUCUCGGUGGAAGGUUUCAUUUCUUCAACUUGUCCUCGUUUGGCAGAGACGAGAAAAUGAUCAAAGCAGAAUUUCGCUGGUUCAGGCAAAAACAACGUAUUUUCCUCGGAAAGUCGUAUGGACCCCAUUUCUACAAGGUCGACCUCUAUGAAGUGACGGACAGCAGAGUCAAACCCUGGAGAGCGAAUCUAAUUGCGUCAAGAGUGUUGCCUUUAUACACUCAAGGAUGGGAAGUCUUCAACGUCACGCAAACGGUAUCUAAGUGGAUUCACAACAGCAUGGACCAUAAUGGCAUUCUGUCUGUUGUGACUCUAUCCUCUGGUAAGUGGAUUGAGUCGAUCGUGCCAUCAGACGGAAAGCGCCAGGAAAAUGCGUACCUGGUUAUAUUCUCAGACGACGGAAGAGGCUCGACAACUAAUAGAUCGAUUAACCAAGGACAUGUCGGCAGUGCCAAAUCACCUGACAUUCCAGCAAAAGUACUGCUUAGAGAGGGCAGGGGCAGCAGGAGGACACGCGCAGCCCCUAGUUAUCCCAGAAGUUCAUCCUGCCAGCGUGUCCCCCUCUUCGUUGACUUCGACGAGAUCGGCUGGGCCGGCUGGAUUAUUUCUCCACGCGGUUACAACGCUUACAACUGCAAGGGCUCCUGUCCAUUUCCACUUGGAGAGAGUCUUCGUGCCACUAAUCACGCGACUGUGCAAUCUAUUAUGCACGCGCUAAAGCUGUCAGACGACGUGGACACACCGUGCUGCGUGCCGGACGAACUCCAAUCAAUCAGCCUUCUCUAUUUUGACGACGAAGAAAACGUGGUUCUGAAACAGUAUGACGAUAUGGUGGCAGUCAGCUGUGGCUGUCAUUGACUAGGGUGCGGUUCAGCUGCUGGCUGUUUUCAUUGUGAACGCAUUUCAGCAUCUAAAAUAUGUAUGGACUAUGAUGACGUGCAUCUAUUGAAUUUUGUUUACGUUUUGAGUCAGGGCACUGGAAGGUGGUAUAUGGAAGCCACUGUGCGCUGAACAAUGUGAUUAAAUGAAGCUUCCGGGUGAUGGUCUUAUAAAUAGGUGACUUUGAAAAUCGUUAGUAGUAAUUUACUACUCACAGUUAUGUUGUAAUGUAACCCUUGCAUGUUUAAUGUAUGACCCAAUUAGGCACCCAUUUAUGUAUUUUUCUGAGCACUAAACCCAAAGGUUUGUGAUUUCACCAUUUUAAUCAGUUGUUUAGCGCUCUGGCCGAAUUUAUGUAAAGAUACCUGGUAUGUAACAGUACUAGUCAAAAUGGAAACAUCCAUUCACUUGAAUGGGAACGUGCGUACAAACAUUUGACUGGUAGUGUUACAUCUCCACAUAAAAAUACACUACCUUAGUGCAGUUUACUACUGUAAUUUGGCAGCCUAUGAAGGCCUUU